AGAUUUUACUGGUUCGCCAUGGGCGACAUAGCGACGUCCUCGGCGACUGUAACAUCAACAACAACUGCAGAACGAGGCGGACGAGGACGUCGUCGAGGAUUUCGAGGAGGACGAGGUGGUGGCGCCCGAAACCGCAGCGAUGCUGGAGGCACUUCCACCCAAAAUCCAGUUCAAGAUGCCUCAUCUGCCAGAGAGCAGCCGGAUGCUGGUAGUUCGGAACCGUCAGAGCAGCUUGGAUAUGGCAAUGCUCAAAAUCCUUUCGGCAGACCAGCACAGUUGAAAAAUCGCAAAUAUCGACCACAGCGAGGGCGUGGCGGAGAGAACACAUCAAAUCAGCGUGAUAGCAUGUCUAGUGAAUUUUCACAGUCACAAACUGAAAAUGCACCUAAUCAGCCUCAACGGUCCAACCGUGGUCGUGGCCGAGGUGGUCCCCGUAUUCCUCCUCCUCAGUACAGCAUAGGCGGUGUCGUGUCCAGUGUAGACAUGCCUUUCAAUCCAAAUGCCGCUCCCUUUAUUCCUGGAGCUGGCAUUGUUCCAAACUCUGAUGCUCAAGAAGCAACUGCACCUCCUCCGAACUCCAACUACCGUGGCAGGCAGCGCCGACCAUUUUCUGCAAAUAAAGUGCGGCAGAAUCCUGCUUAUUUUGACCGAGAAUUCGAACGCCCUAGUGGUCCUGGAAAACAGCAGUAUCGCAAACCACAAGAAGGAAUACACGGAGUCAGUCUUACUCAGCCAGAUCGUGAUGGCUAUCAACGUCGGUAUCCUGUUCGCCCUCAUCCGAGAAGAAAGCAAGUACGUGAGGAUGGGCAGGAGCUUUCGAUGAGAGAAAGUCUGAUCCAACAGCUUGAAGACGAUUGUUAUGAAUGCGCUAUCUGCUGCCAGAUAAUCUAUCCCAGACAGGGUAUCUGGACUUGCCGAACUUGCUACCACAUGUUCCACAUUUCUGGUGGAUGCAUCAUCAAUUGGGCAAAGAAAAGCAAAGAAGAAGAUAACAAAUGGCGCUGUCCUACUUGCCAGACUAAGCAGGAAGCAGUUCCUUACAACUACUUUUGUUUCUGUCAUAAAGAAAGGAAUCCGUCUUCGAGGCUUGGUGAGAUACCCCAUUCCUGUGGUAAUGUUUGUGGUGGUCAGCGUGCUCCUGGGUGUCCUCAUCCAUGCACUGAACUUUGUCAUCCUGGUCCAUGCCCUGAAUGUCCGGUGAUGCUUACCCGUAGGUGCAACUGCGGCGCCGUUCAGAAGGCUGUACGUUGCGGAUCCGUUACGGAAGUUAAGUGUGACAAAGUCUGCGAUCGGCUCCAUGCUUGCGGGGAACACUGCUGCUCUCAAGUCUGUCAUGAGGGAGAUUGUGGCAAAUGCGAAGUUGUAGUGAAACAAGUUUGCUUCUGUGGUUCAUCUUCACGUGAGAUUCUCUGCUGGGAAAGGAAUGGCGAAGAAAGCUACUCAUGUGGUGAGCCUUGUGAAGGAAUCUACUCUUGUGGAAUUCAUCGAUGUACCAGAAGCUGUCAUCCCAUCGGCGAGUCUGGUUGCGGCCCAUGCCCUUCUGCUCCUGAACGUAUAACACAUUGCCCUUGCGGCAAAUGCACAGUUCAAGAGCUGAAUGUCAAAAGGACAUCCUGCCGGGAUCCGAUUCCAACUUGCCGAAAUGUGUGCGGAAAAGUGUUGCAAUGUGGCAGUACAGAAAAACGUCAUCGUUGUCGCGCACUAUGUCAUACUGGCGAAUGUCCACCUUGCGAGCUCAAUACGUCUGUCAUAUGUCGUUGCAAGCAGGUGAAACGUACCAUGCCUUGCAAGGAGUAUGUUCAGUUUGCAGACAGUGAGUUUCUAUGUGAAAGACGUUGUAAGAAAAGGAAAUCUUGCGGAAUACAUAAAUGUCAAGAAGUGUGCUGCAUACAGACCGAGCAUAUAUGCAUGCAAAUCUGCAACAAACGUCUCUCAUGUGGUCUUCACUUCUGUGAACAUAUCUGUCAUGCUGGGCAAUGUCCAAGAUGUCUAAAUUCAAGUUUCGAAGAGCAAUACUGUCAUUGCGGGCGCACCAUGCGACCACCUCCGAUACCUUGCGGAGCUCCGUUACCGGAGUGUGAUUUUCCAUGUGCCAGGCCGCAUGCAUGUGAUCAUCCAGUGACGCACAGGUGCCAUGGUGAGGAGCGAUGUCCACCUUGCACAGCCUUAGUGGAGAGGAUGUGCUAUGGAGGUCAUGAGCUUCGUAAAAACAUCCCCUGUCACAUCCAAGCUGUCUCAUGCGGCCGAGUUUGUGAUAAACCUCUUGGCUGUGGUGUUCAUAACUGCAUCAGGAACUGUCAUGCUGGUGACUGUUUGAGGGAAGGUGAGAAAUGUACUCGUCCGUGCAUGAUCCUGAGGCGACCCUGCGAGCAUCCAUGCGCAUUGCCUUGUCAUGGAACUGAGCCGUGCCCUGAGUCCGAAUGUAAUCAAAUGGUCAAUGUGACUUGUGAAUGUGGUAAACGAAAGAGUCAGAUGAAGUGCUUUGAGUUUGAGAAAAUGAUUGGACGUAUGCGCGCUUUUGAGGCAGAGGAUAGUGAAGGUGCCCAUGGUGCCGAUUCAGGUGUUGGAGCUUUGCGAAGAUCGGCAAGUAUGGAAAAGUUGAACUGCCUACCCUGUGAUGACGAGUGCAAAAAAGUAGCUCGCAACAAAAGAUUGGCUGAGGCACUCGAACUUGUUACCAACGAAAAUGGUGAUUUGGAGAAGGAACCGACUAUCACCUAUACUGAAUAUGUCAAGGCAGAAUUGCGCACCAAUGCCACGUUCGUGCAAGAAGUGGAAACUGACUUCCUUGAGCUUUUGGAGAAAAUGGGAGAUCCUACAUACCUUGGAGCGACCAUGAAUUUCAAUUUUCGUCCUAUGGCCGUGGAAAAGAGACGAUUCAUACAUGAGUAUGCUACGUAUUUUUCGAUUGAGACUACUAGCGUUGAUGAUCCACCAAAGAGGAGUGUGAUAGCGACUGCAAGGAGGGGUAUCAGCCGAGCUCCUUUGGUUUUGCUGACUGCACUGUUGAAGUAUCCUGGAGUUUUGAAGGCGCGAGGCGCAGUCACUUUGAAAAGCAACCUCAGUGACGAGGCUAAGCGCAUCGAAACUAAUGCUGAAGAAAAUGGGAACUCUAUGAAAACCUUGAGAGGGACACGACCCUUCAAAAAGCGAGUGGCUCCACAGCUGGCUCCAACUCAUCUGCCUCCACUCCCUCAGUUCAAUCACUUUGCGGCACUCUGCAGCGAUGACGAUGAACCAAACGAGAGUGCUUCCAAAAAUAGCCAACCGCUACCUCCUGUUCCCUUCGUUCAAGAAAAGGAUCCAGAUUGGUGGAGUGAUGAUGAAGAAGAGAUGGAGGGCACCGACGACUACGAUGAGGAAGUAGUGAAAUUGGUGAAGGAUAUGUUACGCAGUGUCUGCCAAGCACAAUACGUGAGCAGGAAGGCUGAAGAGGAGUUGGAAUUUGAGGAUUGCAAAAACUCUUGGAGUGAUGACGAGUAGCCUAAUAUUUGUUUUGUAGAAGUGUACCUAUUAGGUAAAUAUUUGCUUUUGACGUGCUUACUAGUUCGACUUUUAGUUUAUUUUUAACUCACCAGUGAUCUUUCUAUAGCGAUUGUGAUUAUAGGUUUCAUUUUUCUUUUCGGAUAUUUUCUUAGUGCAAAUGUUUGGACUUGUACAAUCACAGCUUUUGUGAUAGUGAUUCGUAGGUGAUUUUUCUUUGACAUCAUAUUGUACGCCUUUUCCUCGACAGGUAUUAGGCCUGAGAAUUGUAUGAGUUUAGUGUGCUUAACAGCAGUAAAUUAUUUGUGCCAGCCUUC